CCCAAGCCAAUCUGACAGUCGUUGCACUAUAGUCUAAUCAAGCAUUCGAGUAAAGAGAGAAUAAAAGGACUGAAAAAAUAAUAAAGAGAGUAAAACCCAGUGGUUUUUACAUCAGUGAUAUGUAGUUAUGGACGCACUGGGGAUAUUAUAACUUAGAAUUACUCCCACUCCACCGAAUUUGCACUCAUAUCUUUGGUCCCCACCUCUGGAAACCGAGACUUAAAUUUCUCCAGUACGAUAGUAUAUGUUUACAUGUGCCCAGAGCAUUACUUCACUCAUUGCGUGUGUACGUCUGGUAAAAUGAAACGACUCUGUGCAUUUAUUUCAGUUUCUAUGGUGUGCAAUUGAGGUAUUGGUGUACAUUCCCAAGGCUUUACAUGAUCAGUGGUAGAACAGGAAGUCCAGCAAUCAUCAUUCAAUUCCAUAAAAAUUCAUCAACUGCGGGAGCGUCUGUCCCUAGCUCAACACUUAUCGAUUAAUUUCUCUUGAUAAUUGUUUAUUAAAAUCAUGAUCAUCUCUAAUUGCUGAUCAGUAAUCAAUCGGUUGUGAUAGUGAAUAGUCGUGUGGAUCAUGGUGAAAAUGAAAGGAGUGGAGAUAAUAAUUCGUGAGCAACGGUAAAAUGUGCGAGCAAUUAGUCGGAUAAUUGGAUUUUCAUUGCGGAUAAAUCUCAGUGCACCGUCGGGUUACGGUCACUUAGGUUAAGCUGUUGUAUGCGUUGUUUACACGCCCCUGUCUGAUUUGUCAUGCACAGGAGGCACACGUUAGACACGAGCUUCAGGAUUGAUGGAAUCAGUUGAUUCCACAAAUUGAGUUUUUUCGUGAUUUGUGAGGAUUUGGGUGGAGAGGGCUGAUUUUUUUUUAUUGUGAGCAACUGUUCAGGCAUUUAUCAGGGAAUAAUGAUGAGUACGUGGACUGAGAGGAUGCACAGGAGGGCUGCUACCCUUGGAAAUGUUGUGACGAGUUGUGGACACCCCAGCUCGGUUCCACCAUAUCCAAGAAGACUCGACAAAGUUAAAUUUGGGGUUCCACUUGAUGAAGUCUGCAAGAACGAUAUUCCAGGCCCAUUACUGGUUCUCAUUUUGAAACUGAAUAAAGAGGCACCACAGCGAAAGGACGUGUUCCGAGCCCCAGGUCAUCAGGGCAACAUGAAAAAAUUGAUACAUUUCCUUCAAACCGGACGACUAGUUAACAUCGACAACUUCAGUGUCUACACAAUUGCUAGUGUACUGAAGAAAUUCCUGCGUAAAAUACCUGGUGGCGUCUUCGGUCGCGAGGGUGAACAGCAAUUGUUUACAGUAAUUCAACUAGACAGUGUCGAGCAACAAAGGGACCAGAUCCAUAGAUUAAUCACUUCAUUGCCAAUUUACACUCAACGUCUCCUGGUGUUACUAUUCGGGACGUUUAGGGUAGUUGCAGUUAAUAGUGACAGGGCGAGGACUGGAAUGUCGAGUGAAGCACUAGGUGUUUCUGUAGCUCCAUCGUUUUUCCAGAGUUGCGUGAGCGAUGGAAAAACAGCGAAAAUGGAAGAUGUCCUGAGGUUCAAGGUUGCAACUCGAGUUAUGAAAUUUAUGAUCGAUAAUUUCGGGGUGUCGAAUCUGUUUGGACGGGAGAACUAUGAAUUCUACGCGAGAAUUACCGGACGAAUUCUGAAGGUCGAUGAGGAUUGGAUAUUUAGCUUCCGAUACCCUCCGGAUUCUCUUGUAUCAAGACAAUUAUCGCUGGAAGCAGAAAAAACAUGGCUGCAGUACGAGUGUGAGCGAUGGGGACUGAAAUUCAAUUUAGAAUCGAUGUCACAUCAGGAGGAAUCCCAAUCGACCCCCGCCCUCAUCCACGUUCCAGAGACUAUAGAACUGACGUCAUCCCUAGGAAUGAUUCCAGAAAACACUCUUCUGGAGAGUUAUACAAGGUUGUCAGUGAGCCUCGAGGAGAACGGCCUCUUUCAGGCGUCGAGCAGAUCAUCGAGCAACGGGAGUCAUCAUUCACGCCAUGGAGACAUAAUGACACUGGACGAACUGAGGGCAGUAAAUCGUUAUGCUGAGAGCACAAAGAGUCUCAGUUAUCUGCCACAGGUGCACGAGAGGCAAACUGCACGAAUGCGCACGAGAUCUGAGUGGUUUUUGACACCUGUUGGGGAGAGAUUAGCUGGUACCGAUAGCGAUCCAACAGCUAUACACAUUCUUAGGGGAUCCAAUCGUUCGUCGUCGGGGAAUAUCGCAACAGGUCUGAGCGCUAGUGCAGAGUCUGUGAAACGUCCGAGUCUUCGUCAAACAGUCUCUCGAGAGAAAUCCCGUUUGCAUCGAAGUUCGUCUCGUCGGAACAAGGAAAACGGUGCAAAAUGUCGAAAUGAUACGGGAAAAUCGCGUUCUCUGGAGGCAAUGAAGAUGAAGAGAGUCUCCCUUGAGCAGCCAGCGGAGAAAAUUCUAAAAAAUAACGAGGAACUGUCGAAUGAGGUAGAUAAAACCGCAGAAAUGUCUAUUGGCCCCCAGGACUGCACCGAAAUGGAUGUCCAGACGUUCCACGUCACUCUCACCUAUAAACCCCGUAUAUGAAAGAAACAAUAGGAUUAACAAAUUAAUUAACUCAAAAUAAACUAACCCAAGGUAUCAAAAAGACACUUAGCUAUGCCAAAUUUCAAAAAUAUAAGUAGACGAAUAGUUAUCCUAAUUAAUUACCAAAAAUCCUAGCGAUUGGAUUAGGGAAAUUAUUCACUCCUGUCCUAAAAAUAGAUAAGCCAACAAUUAAAAUAUUCUGGGACUAUGAAAUUUAAAAGAUGUUCUACAGAAAAGUCUCUGGAUGUUUUUCAAUAAUUACCAAAGAAAUUUAUUAUGGAAUUCUAAUGAUUUUCGAUAACAAUUAAAUCAUUUUUUUGCGGAAUAGUCUGUUAAUUUCUGUUGUCUUGUCUAUUUUUACGACUGAGUUUGAUAUUAAACGCGAGAGAAAACAAAUUCCUUUGAAUUAACGAAUGAAGGAGAAGGAAUAAAACAUCGCCUGCUUCGAUUCCCUCCAGAUACCAUGACGAUAUCAUAAUAUCAGUCUCAGGACUGGUAAAAAAUUUUUUUUCGCAUCGCUUAAACCAUUGAUGUAUCGACGAAAUAAAUAUGUAAACGAAACAGCUCCAAUGAUAUAUAAUGGGAGACGACGUUAAUGUAAUUGUUCAUUAAUCCGUAAAUGUUCACUGUGUGUGUCAAAUAAUCGUCGAUUUUUUUAAUUGUCCGGUGUUGAUCCGGUUGGACUCUUGGAAAAAUUAGGCAGAUAUGCUCAUUCCAAAAAAAUUAAUGUUUACGAUUUUUUUUUUAUUAUUUUGAAAAUAUCCUAUAACAAAGGAUUGAAAAUCGAAUCUCUGCGAAUAUUUCUAGAACCAAUAGGUUUAAGAUCGAUAAAUGAAAAAUAUCAAAACAUUUUUAUCGUCAAUAAUUUUUUAAAUAUUUUGAU